GCGCCGACUCCUGACAGUGGGCUCCUCCAGCCUCCAUAUUGUCUGCGGCCGCUAGGAGCAAUGGCGUCCGGCACAGCGCUGGUCUAUGAUGAAGAAAUGAUGAGCUAUCAGCUGCUUUGGGAUGACCCAGAGUGUGCUAUUGAGGUGCCGGAGAGACUGUCUUCUUCCUUCAAGAGACUCCAGGAUUAUCAUCUUGUAAACAGAUGUGUCCGGGUACCUGUCAGAGAGGCCACGGAGGAAGAGAUAACCCUCGUCCACAGUCCUGAAUACCUUGAUGUAGUUAAGAGUACUCAGACUAUGGAUUUAGAGGAACUGAAGGAAACAUCAGAGAAGUACACUGCGGCAUACUUUCAUAAGAACUCGUAUCGCUGUGCUAAGCUGUCACUUGGUGGCACAUUACAGCUUGUUGAUGCAGUGAUGUCAGGAGAUGUUCAGAAUGGAAUGGCUCUUAUAAGGCCUCCAGGGCAUCAUAGUCAGAGAAGUGCAAGUAACGGAUUCUGUGUCUUUAAUAAUGUUGCAGUUGCUGCAGAAUAUGCGAAAAGCAAGUACAAAGUUCAGAGAAUUCUAAUUGUUGACUGGGAUGUUCACCAUGGACAAGGGAUCCAGUACAUCUUUGAAGAUGACCCGAGUGUCCUAUAUUUCUCCUGGCAUCGCUAUGAACAUGGAUCUUUCUGGCCAAAUCUACGUGAAUCGGACUAUGAUUCCGUUGGAAAAGGCAGAGGAACUGGCUUUAAUAUAAAUCUGCCCUGGAACCAGACUGGCAUGGGUAAUGCAGAUUACAUUGCUGCUUUCUUCCAUGUACUCCUGCCUUUGGCCUUUGAGUUUAAUCCUGAACUAGUUUUGGUCUCUGCUGGUUAUGAUUCAGGAAUUGGAGACCCUGAGGGACAUAUGCGUGCCACUCCAGAGUGUUUCUCCCAUCUCACUCACAUGCUUAUGCAUCUUGCUGGUGGUAAACUGUGCAUGAUCCUUGAGGGCGGCUACCAUCUCCGCUCUCUGUCAGAAUCUGUUUCCAUGACUGUAAGAACAUUGCUCAGAGAUCCAGUACCCAGGUUGUCUGGAGAAAUGACGCCAUGUUACAGUGCUUUAGAAUCCAUACAGAAUACAAGGCAUGCACAUUCCCCAUACUGGAAGUGUUUAUUGCAUGAUGAAACAAGGUUAGUAGAAGAGAUAAGCACUAUUGGCUUGAAAGCCCUGGAGCCGUUGCAUGUAGAUGCAUCUGCUGUGGAUGAGUUUCUGGAAAAUCAUAUGAAGAAGAUCCUGCACCCGACCCCACCAAUCACCACCUUGGUGGUAGCUCCUGUAGAGAACACACUUAACCUUCCUGCUGGUGUGCAGUUAGAAGAAAGCACCGUGACCCCAGAGCAAGCAAGACAGGCAAUAAGUGUUUUCAAUCCGGAUGAAUUGAAUAAAAAUCUAUUAAACUCUGUGAGUAAAAUGCUACCAGCUCUUGAAAAACUUGUGAACAGAAAGACAAGGAAUUGUAUUACCUGUUCUCCAAAUGCUUCUCUUUCUGCUGCAGUUGCAGUACGACAAGUUUUGGCUUUGGGUUCAGAAAGGGUAUUUUGUAUCAUUAUUGGGGAUGUGGAUAUGAAGCCUGAAUUAACAAGUGAUGGGAAAACUCUAUGCCUUACAAUCUCUGGAGACAAAAUGCCUGAAGAAGCUCAAUCACAGUAUCAGACGUUUCUCAAGUGGAAGGAAGGAAGUAAAGUGGAACAGGGCCCACAUGAAGGUAGCAGCUUUUUCUAUGCACUGUUACGAUUUCUACUUCCACUGGCUUAUUCCUACCAGCCUGACCUUAUUAUAUUAACUGUUGCAAGCAAUAGGAGUAUUGGUACAAAGGAUGUUGCUUUGCUUACCAGUCUACUACAAGGUCUAGCUGAUGGUGCAGUACUUGCUGUAGUUCCGGAGACGGAAAAAGAAAUCAUAGAAGUUUUAUCUAACGUCCUGGUCAACUGCAUUUCAAUGUCCUUUGGACCUUACAUCCCUCCUGCUAAAGAAUCUAUAGGGAGCCUAACACAAGAGCCGACUGCCAUGCAGUCAAAAUGGAGAAUGCUGCAAUGUCUAGCAAAGUUAGAAGACUAUUGAACGGAAAGGCUGAUACACAGAAGACAGAUUUGGCGAGAAGAGUCGGGGAGAAAAAGACAUAACUGUAUUUGAUAAUGUCUAUGUGAACUAGGGUUGUCACUAGAGAUGAGCGAAUUUAAAAAAAAUUAGAUUCGGACGGUUUGCCGAAUUUUUCU